GGGAGGUGGAGCCGAGCCCGCGGCAGCCGCGCAGGAGGGAAAGUUCGGCGGCGGCGGGAGCAGCGGGGGCCGGCCGGGCAGCCCGGAGGGCGCCUCAGGAUUCCUUUCCGUUUCGAGGAAAGAAACCAAGGUAUUUUUACCCAGAGGAGGAAUGAUGUAGUUCCAACCUAACCUCCUUUUCUUACUUACAGGGGGCAUGGAUCAUGUUAUCAGAAAGGAGAGAAGUCCACUUUCCCUCUCCGUGCUGCCCUCAUUCUAACUAACGUGUGGCUCAUCUCAUCCUGGAGCCUCCUCAGCCUCCGUGGCAUCGUGUGCCGUGAUUCACGCCUCUGACCUCACCUCGGAGCUGAUAGCUACCACUCAGCAACUCUGGCAUCUGCUCAGGGCUCUGUGCUUAUGACUGAGCUAGAAGGUCCUUGCUUGUGGUCUGCUGCACAUCUGGAGGCUAUGAUGAGAAUGAAUGUGAAUGCUUGGAAGUUUCACCGAACUGGUUGCUCCUGCCUAGAUCAUCCUUUCCAAGUAGGAAAACUGCUCCACGUGGUGGUCGACUUCAAGGGACCAGAGCCAUUGUAGAAAGAAAUGGAUGAAAGCAGCCUGGGGGGCCCCAGACACGUGCUCCUUGCGGUCUAGUCCAGGGAAGCCCUGCCGUGGGGCCCUGGCCUUCUGGAAUGUGGCCGGGUGUGGACGCAUGGCUGACUGCUGAGUGAGGAUGCUCCGCCGGGGGCUGCUUGCGUGGGUCUCCCGGGUGGUGGUUUUGCUCGUGUUCCUCUGCUGCGCCAUCUCUGUCCUCUACAUGUUGGCCUGCACUCCGAAAGGUGACGAGGAGCAGCUGGGGCUGCCCAGGGCCAGCGGCCCUACGGGGAAGGAGGGCUUCCAGGCGGCGCUGCAGGAGUGGGAGGAGCAGCACCGCGACUACAUAGGCAGCCUCAAGAGGCAGAUAGCGCAGCUCAAGCAGGAGCUGCAGGAGAGGAGCGAGCGGCUCAAGGCCGCGCAGUAUCACCCCAGCGACGCUGCGGGCCUGGGGCUGGAGCAGGGGCCCCCGGAGAAAACCCAGGCAGACCUGCUGGCCUUCCUGCGCUCCCAGGUGGACAAGGCAGAGGUGCACGCUGGCGUCAAGGUGGCCACGGAGUACGCCGCUGUGCCUUUCGAUAGUUUCACGCUGCAGAAGGUGUACCAGCUGGAGACCGGCCUGACUCGCCACCCCGAAGAGAAACCCGUGAGGAAGGACAAGCGGGAUGAGUUGGUAGAAGCUGUCGAGUCGGCCUUGGAGACCCUGAACAGCCCUGUGGAGGGCAGCCCAAAUCAGCGCCAGUACUCGGCCUCGGAUUUCAUAGAAGGGAUCUACCGCACAGAAAAGGAUAAAGGCACUCUGUAUGAGCUUACGUUCAAAGGGGAGCAGAAGCACGAAUUCAGACGACUCGUCUUGUUUCGACCGUUUGGCCCGAUCAUGAAAGUAAAACAAGAAAAGCUCAACAUGGGCAACACGCUCAUCAACAUUAUCGUGCCACUGGCAAAGCGGGUGGACAAGUUCCGGCAGUUCAUGCAGAAUUUCAGGGAGAUGUGCAUCCAACAGGAUGGGAGAAUUCAUCUCACCGUUGUUUAUUUUGGGAAGGAAGAAAUGAAUGAGGUCAAAGGCAUACUUGAAAACACUUCCAAAGCUGCCAGCUUCAGGAACUUUACCUUCAUCCCACUGAAUGGAGAGUUUUCUCGGGGAAAGGGACUUGAUGUUGGAGCCCGCUUCUGGAAAGGAAGCAACGUCCUUCUCUUUUUCUGUGAUGUCGAUAUCUACUUCACCGCCGAAUUCCUCAAUACAUGUAGGCUGAACACACAGCCAGGGAAGAAGGUAUUUUAUCCGGUCCUUUUCAGUCAGUACAAUCCUGGCAUAAUAUACGGCCAUCACGAGGCAGUGCCUCCCUUAGAACAGCAGCUGGUCAUAAAGAAGGAGACUGGAUUUUGGAGAGACUUUGGAUUUGGGAUGACCUGUCAGUACCGCUCGGACUUCAUCAAUAUAGGUGGCUUCGAUUUGGACAUCAGAGGCUGGGGCGGAGAGGACGUGCACCUCUAUCGCAAGUAUCUGCACAGCAACCUCAUCGUGGUGCGGACGCCUGUGCGGGGGCUCUUCCACCUCUGGCAUGAGAAGCACUGCGUGGACGAACUGACCCCCGAGCAGUACAAGAUGUGCAUGCAGUCGAAGGCCAUGAAUGAGGCGUCCCACGGGCAGCUGGGGAUGCUGGUCUUCAGGCCCGAGAUAGAGGCUCACCUUCGCAAACAGAAACAGAAGACAAGCAGCAAAAAAACAUGAACUCCCGGGGCUAGAUCUGGGGAGACCUUUUAUUUUUUCCCUUUUGUGAUUACUGAACACGUGGCUGUGACAAGGAAAAGAUUUCCCUAAAGGGCAAAAGAAGAAUUCAACUGAUUAGUAAAAGAGAGGAGCGGGGAGAGCCUCUGAUUUCUCUCUGCCUAUUUGGCUGGACGCAACAGGAAUUAAAAUCUCCCACUUUGCCUGCAAAAGUAGCCCAAAUGCAUCCCGAGCGGUGUCUGACAAAGGCAGAAUGAUUGUGAGGUUAUAAGCCCGAUGGCGUGGAGGUUUUGAUUGUGUUUACAGCAAAGUGAGCUGUUACCUUUUGUGCUUAUUGAAAUAGUCACGAAUUAAGACCAGUUUUAUCAAAGUUCUUUGGGAUGAGAGGCAAGCCCAUGUCUCCCCCUAGGAAUGAUUACAUGGUAGGGCUCUAGUGCCCGGAAGUGCUCGUGAGAUUCGGAGAUACACUCACAGCGAUCCUUGCGAGUAUAUUUAAGCAAAACCAAAUGGACUCGAAAAAAAAAAAACUAUUGUGUCAUUUCCAUCCAAGAUUAACCAAAAAUAAUCUGCUCAUCUUUUUUAUUAUAGUUUUAACCAUCCCCAUUUCUUAAUUUUAUUUAAAAAUGCACUUUUUUUUGCUUAUGAGUUAUAUUCUGCUUAUUUAAUUACCAAUUUGCAAGCCUUACUAAGAGAGCACAAGUUAGCAUACAUUUUUUAUAUCUUUUAAGAAGAUACUUGUAGGUGUAUUAUGAGAACUUUUUGUUCAGAUCGAGCCCCAUAUCCAAGGACACACCAAAUGCUGAUCCCAUCAGACACUGAAUGUCAGACCUUUGGUCAUGUGGAAGGCAUGGUGUGGGGCCACUGAUCAUUGAGACAUAGAGAUACUUUAUCCAAGAGUAUUUCCCAAGAGGAGCAACUGAACACUGGAGGGAAAGAAAGAUAUGCUUUUUACCUUAACAGAAAAGGAAAUUCAUUCAGACUGGUAAUACCUUGAUUUAUUCAAAAGUCAGAAAACACAUUUUCUCCUCAGGAGAACUGGGGACCACUUUCUUAGCUGUUUAAAUAAACCAAAGUAUACUGUGUGAACCAAACUAUCUUUUUUCAAAGCAGGGUGCUCUUCCUGGCUGCUGGCUUUUAUGAAAAGAAAUGCAGAAAAAUGUAUUUUGUGAAAGAUCACUCCAUCUGCCAGAGUCAAGUGGGAUGGAGGAUUUUGCUACACGUUCACCCACCCCCAUCUAGGGGAAAGUAACUAUUUUUUUAAAUGAAACAGUUCUACUUAGUCGCCAAAAUGCUUCUGAAAAUCACAUUUUAUUACAGUUUCCAACUAUUUAAAAAAAAUACAGUUAACAUUGAGUGGUUCUACAUUCAUGUGAAAAUUAUUUAUUUAUUAGCCAGCACCAGAUGCAUGAGCUAAUUAUUUGUGAUUCCUUGCCUUCUGUUUGCCCACAGUCAACUCAUUGUUUAAAAGCCUCAAGAACAUUCAAGCUGUUGGUGUGUAAAAAAAAAAAUGCAUUGUAUUGAUUUGUACUGGUAGUUCAUAAAAUUUAAUUAAAACACAGGACAUGAAUGGAAAGUGGCAUUGGACAGCUAAUAAAAUAUGAUUUGUGGAUAUGA